GAUCUCCUCUUCUUGUGUUUUUUGGGGGGGGAAGAAAAGAAGAUGAAAGUUGUGGAUAGGCACUGCGUGGAGUGUCGCACCACUCGAACCCCCAUGUGGAGAGGCGGUCCUGCUGGCCCUCGGUCGCUGUGCAACGCGUGCGGGAUCAAGUACAGGAAGAGGAGCAGGGGAUUGCUGGGCGGGGACAAGAAGUGCUUCAAGAACGCACCCACCGCCACCGCCACCAACAACAACGACAGAAUCGAGGGAGGGCUGGCAGAUAUGGUGAAGCAGGGGUUGGUAAAUCCCGCCGCGAAAACAGAGUCCGAGAGAAAAAGAGCAACGGCGAGCGAGAUGAGGUGGAGGUUGCGAGAGGAAGAAGAGGCGGCCAUACUCUUGAUGGCUCUCUCUUGCGACGUCUUCGGCUGAAAACACGUCAAGGGCGCAAAUCUGUUUUUGGCCUUUCGGAUCAUCAUCAUCAUCAUCUUCAACCUCUUGAUGAAGCUGCUCUCUGGUGGAUGAAAAAGAAAUCACCAGUGUAAUACGGGGACUCUGUUUCGGUUUCUGCCCCCCACUUUUCUUUUCCUUUGCCCCUGGGUUUCCAUACCGAGUUGUGUACACUAGUCUUUGCUAAAAGCUUGAAGAACUCCUUGAAAUUGUUCAGAAUCGGUCAAAUUGGAUGCUUUUACGAAUUGAAUAA